AAGCUUUCUUGAUUUCCAAGAGCUUUGAGUUUCGAAUAUCCACCUUUCUACAUCCUCUCAGUGGCUGGUGAGCCCACGUAAGCUUUCGCAUUGUUGCCUUCCUUGCCUUUUGGGCAACAUGUCCAAAACAGCACAGGCCACACGCAAUACGAUCACGCUGAAAGGUUCUACAAAAGUAGUCACAGAGUUCUUCGCUUAUGCUGUCAACAGUAUCCUCUACCAGCGGGGCAUCUAUUCUGCAGAAUCCUUUGAGCCACAGAAGCAAUAUGGCCUCACAAUGAUGGUCACGACAGAUACAGGCUUGACAAAAUACCUCACCAGCGUUCUGCAGCAGAUGUCAGAUUGGCUUGUGACUGGCGCCCUUCAGAAGAUGGUGCUAGUAGUCACCAGUGUCUCAACAAAGGAGGUCCUGGAACGAUGGACGUUUGACAUCCAGACAGACAAGGCAGUCCUCUCUGGCGAGCAGCCAGCGCCUGAAAAGUCAGAGAGCGAGAUCACCUCAGAGAUCCAGGCCAUCGUGAGACAGAUUACAGCGAGUGUGACAUUUCUGCCGCUGCUGAACGACCCCUGCACAUUCGACCUGCUGGUGUACACAGACACUUCCUCGGACGUCCCUUUCGAGUGGGAGGAGUCAGAUGCACGGUACAUCACCAACGCAGCAGAUGUCAAGCUGCGGUCUUUCACCACCAAGGUGCACAAGGUGGAUGCACUUGUGUCAUACAAAGCAGAUGCAGAGGGUUAGCUGCUGACGCUGCAAGUAUUUGCUUGUCAUGUCUACAGGAGAGCCUACCCAAAGCAUGGCAAACGUGUUGUGGGGGAAAAGUAAUUGUUUCUCUCAGCUGGAGAUCAGUUUGUUGAAGCGUCCGUAACAAGUCUACUGUACAGUGCAUUCCCUGAAUUUUUUGUGCCCAUGAGUGAAGACUUUGAUUUUGUGGCAACCUUAUCCUCUAUUUAUCCAGUAUCCACAAAGUGCCCCUGCACAGAUCUAGACCCAUGCACACUGUAGUUCUGCUUCCUUUCACUAAGUGAACUCAUAAUGAACAGGGUGCCCUGCUUAAAACCAGUGACCUGUGG